AUGGCCAAGCCGACGGUGCCUCGGAUGAAGCUGGGCUCGCAGGGGCUGGAGGUCUCCGCGCAGGGCCUCGGCUGCAUGGGCAUGUCCGGCAACUACGGCCCCGCGAAGCCAGACGACGACAUGCUCGCGCUCCUCCGCCACGCCGUCGCCGCCGGCGUCACUCUCCUGGACACCUCCGACGCCUACGGGCCCUUCACCAACGAGCUCCUUCUCGGCAGAGGAUGGGUGAAGCUGGCGCUCGCCUUCAAGGGCGUGAGCUACGAGGACGUGGAGGAGAACCUGUACAACAAGAGCGAGCUUCUCCUCAAGUCCAACCCGGUGCACAAGAAGAUACCCGUGCUCAUCCACAACGGCGCCCCGGUCUGCGAGUCCAUGAUCAUUGUGCAGUACAUCGACGACGUGUUCACCGGCACCGGCCCGUCGCUUCUGCCCGUGGACCCCUACGAACGCGCCGUUGCUCGCUUCUGGGUGGCCUACGUUGACGACAAGCUGGUAGCCCCAUGGAGGCAGUGGUUGAAGGGCAAGACAGAGAAGGAGAAAUCCGAGGGAAAGAAGCAGGCGUUCGCGGCGGUGGAGGUCCUGGAAGGGGCCCUGAGGGAGUGCUCCAAGGGAGGGGGUUUCUUCGGCGGGGACGGCGUCGGGCUCGUCGACGUUGCGCUGGGAGGCGUGCUGUCGUGGAUGAAGGUAACCGAGGUGCUGUCCGGUGACAAGAUCUUCGACGCUGCCAAGACCCCGCUCCUGGCCGCGUGGGUGGAGCACUUCAGCGGGCUCGACGCGGCCAAGGCAGCCCUGCCGGACGUGGGCAGGCUGCUUGAGUUCGCCAAGGCACGAGAGGUUGCCGCUGCAGCGUCUAACUGA